AUGACCGACGCGCUCCUCGCGAACGGCAUCAACGGACACGCAGCGUCCCCAGACUCCCUCGCAGCGGACUCGCCAGCAACCCCCGUCGACAACUCUACUUCGCCCGACAUCAAGAUCGAUGUCGACUACAUCGAGCGCGAGUCUGACGCGCGCAACGAGCCGGUCGCGAUGAAGGUGGACGUGGUGGAGGACGCGUCCGUGCUUCCACAGGCGGGCAGCCCGCCUGAUCCAGCCACCAUACCGGUCGAGCCUCCUCACGGGACCCCUCCACCCCCGCCUGGGGAGCUGCUCCAAGAUGUCCGUAUGGCAGAAGGACGGCCACCAGAGAAUGGCGAUGUGCACAUGACAAACGGCGAUGCGAAGUCGCCGCACGUCAACGGACUCCUUAACGGACACGAAUCUGCUCCCGCAAACGUCUCUACUUCAUUACCCGCUGUAUCCUCCUCCGAGACCGCUGUCGACUCGCUCGCUGCUGCGUCGUCUCCCUAUCCUAAUAAUACAACUAGUGAACCCGAUGAUGAUAAGCCCCCGCCGGCUAAGAGAGCGCGGAAACAUUCGGACGCUGAGAGAGCAUCACUCGCCAAUACGGGUACUCCACCUCCAGCGUCGGUGUCUCCCGAAAGCAAGGCGACCCCUCUUCCGGCCCCGACUCCUGCACCUGCGCCCGCGCCCGUAUCCAGGACGCCUUCUGUGUCGACGCUUAGCCUUGCACAGUGGCGCUUCUCUACAUCAACCGUCCGCACGCUCAAGAAGAUGAAGGAUGCAAGCCCCUUCCUGCACCCCGUCGAUCCCGUUGCCCUUAACAUCCCGCACUACCCUUCCAUCGUGAAGCAUCCGAUGGACUUCUCUACCGUCGACCGGAAGUUGGCGGCUUCAAACCCAUCGAAGCCCGACCCCAAUCUCGUCAAUCCUCGUUACUACAAUGCGGACGACUUCGUCGCCGACGUGCGGUUGAUUUUCACUAACUGUGGGCUGUUCAACGGGCCUGAUCAUCCGAUUACUGCAAUGGGUAAGCGUGUCGAGGCGGUGUUCGACAAACAAAUCAAGCAGAUGCCUCCACCUGAGGAGCCCAAGCCAAUCGUUAAGAAGGUUGCCACCCCUCCCCCUCCCCCUGCCCCUCCGAAGAAGGUCGCUGCUCGGCGACCAUCCACUUCCGUCCCUGUCAUUCGUCGGACAGAGGAUAGCACUACAAAUGGCGGCCGACCUAAACGGGAGAUACAUCCUCCUCCUCCUAAGGAUCUCCCUUACAACGAUGCCCCCAAGAAGACGAGGAAGUCGACAUCAGGGGCCAGUGACUUGUACCGCGACCAGUUUAAGCACUGCGAGAAGGUACUGAAGGAGCUCAACAAGAAGAGCUUGUACAACAUUGCUCACCCGUUCUAUGAGCCCGUCGACUGGAUCAAGUUGGAGAUACCUCAGUACCCGAAGGUCAUCAAGAAACCUAUGGACCUCUCGACGAUGAGGCGAAAGCUCACUGACUCCGAGUACACCACGCCCAGCAAGUUCCGCGACGACUUCAAGCUCAUGAUCAAGAACGCACAGACAUUCAAUCCGGCAAAGAACCCCGUCCAUGAGGCCUCCAAGGAGCUUGACCGCGUUUUCGAUGUGAAGUGGGCCGAACUCCCGCCUCUACGCUCCCAAGAUCCUUCGGACGACGAGUAUGACGAGGACGAGCCUAGCGAGGACGACCGAGCACGCAUGAUCGCCCAGAUGGAAAGUCAGAUCGAGAGCAUGAGGAACAAUCUCGAGUCCAUGAAGAAGACCAAGCAGCCGAAGAAGGAGAAAGAGAAGAAGAAGAAGGCCCCGCCUCCUGUUGCUAGCACGUCUAAGGCGCAGCCUAAGCAGGCGAAGACCCCCACCUCGUCGAAGAAGAAGACGGCGAAGAAGCCUAUCAGUGACGACGAUGUGCUCUCCUUCGAGCAGAAGAAGGACCUGAGCGAUACGAUCGGCAAGCUCGACGGUGCGAAGUUGGAGAAGGUAAUUCAGAUCAUCCAUGAGGGUGUGCCUGAGAUCCGCGACAGCACGGAGGAGAUUGAGCUCGAGAUCGACGAGCUACCAGCCGCGGUAUUGACGAAGCUUUACAACUUCGUCAUUCGGCCCAUGAAAGUCCAGACCAAACGCCCUGGCAAAGGCAAGGGCACUGGCACCGGUGGUCUCAAGCGGAAGAGCAUGGACGAGGAUGUUGAGGCGGCGAAGAUCCGCGCACUCGAGGAGCGGAUGAAGCUCUUCGAGGGACGAGGAUCCGUGGGUCCUAUCAGCGACGCCCCACCAGCUGACGACAGCGAGCACUCUUCUGCGGAGUCAAGCUCGGAGAGCUCUGCAAGCGAUUCAGAGUGA